UCCUUGGUUGGGGACAGAAGUACCAGAUCAUCUGCAAACAGUAGACACUUUAUUUGUGAGUGCAGAAGAGUGAGGCCGGGUGCUGCAAACCGUUCUAGUGCCCUCGCCAAUUUAUUGAUUUAUAUGUUGAAGAGAGGGGGGGCGGGGUGUUGGGGAAGAUGCCAGAGCUAAGGAUGAUGUUAAAGAGUUUUAGUAGAGCCAAUUGGAAUUUGUUGUCUGUGUGUUGGAUUUGCAUUGAUCAUAUUGUAUUUCUGAACUGUUUCAGUGUAACACGAUAGUGAAGGAGGGGUCUGAAGUUUUCUGGCUCUCUGUGUUGUUGUUUUUGGUUGGAUAGGUUCCUCAAUUCCUUUCUUAGGAAAUAGUCUGGGUAGCCAUUUGAUCAGCAGUUCAGCAGUCUUAUGGCUCUUGGGGGUAGAAGCUGUUUAGUAGCCUCUUGGACCUAGACUUGACUCUCCGGUACCGCUUGCCGUGUGGUACCAGAGAGAACAGUCUAUGACUAUGGUAGAUGGAGUCUUUGACCAUUUUUAGGGCCUUCCUCUGACAUCGUCUGGUAUAGAGGUCCUGGAUGGCAAGAAGCUUGGCCCCAGUGAUGUACUGGGCUGUUCAGCACUACCCUCUGUAGUGCCUUGCGGUCAGAGGCCGAACAGUUGCCAUACCAGGCAGUGAUGCAACCAGUCAGGUGUGCUUGGACCAUGUUAGUUUGUUGGUGAUGUGGACACCAAGGAACUUGAAGCUCUCAACCUGCUCCACUGCAGCCCCGUCGAUGAGAAUGGGGGUGUGCCCGCUCCUCUAUUUCCUGUAGUCCAUAAUCAUCUCCUUUGUCUUGAUCACGUUGAGGGAGAGGUUGUUGUCCUGGCAUCACACGGCCAGGUCUCUGACCUCCUCACUAUAGGCUGUCUCGUUGUUGUCGGUGAUGAGGCCUACCACUGUUGUGUCAUCGGCAAACUUAAUUAUGGUGUUGGAGUUGUGCCUGGCUGUGCAGUCAUGAGUGAACAGAGAGUACAGGAGGGGACUGGGCAUGCAACCCUGAGGUGCCCCUGCACUGAGGAUCAGCGUGGCGGAUGUGUUGUUACCUACCCUUACUACCUGGGUGUCGGCCCGUCAGGAAGUCCAGGAUCCAGUUGCAGAGGGAGAUGUUUAGUCCCAGGGUCCUUAGCUUAUUGAAUGAGCUUUUAGGGCACUAUGGUGUUGAAUGCUGAGCUGUAGUCAAUGAAUAGCAUUCUCACAUAGGUGUUCCUUUUGUCCAGGUGGGAAAGGUCAAUGUGGAUUGCAAUAGAGAUUACAUCCUCUGUGGAUCUGUUGGGGCCGUAUGCAAAUUGGAGUGGGUCUAGGGUUUCUGGGAUGAUAGUGUUGAUGUGAGCCAUGACCAGCCUUUCAAAGCACUUCAUGGCUACAGACGUGAGUGUUACGGGUCGGUAGCAAUUUAGACAGGUUACCUUAGUGUUCUUGGGCACAGACACUAUUGUCGUCUACUUGAAACAUGUUGGUAUUACAGACUCGGACAGGGAGAGGUUGAAAAUCUCAGUGAGGACACUUGCCAGUUGGUCAGCGCAUGCUCGCAGUACACGUCCUGGUAAUCCGUCUGGCCCUGCGGCCUUAUGAAUGUUGACCUGUCUAAAGGUGUUACUCACAUCGGCUGGGGAGAGCGUGAUCAACACAGUCUUCCGGUACAGCUGCUGCUCUCAUGCAUGUUUCAGUGUUAUUUGCUUCGAAGCGAGCAUAGUAGUAGUUUAGCUCAUCCGGUAGACUCAUGUCACUGGGCAGCUUUCGGCUGUGCUUCCCUUUGUAGUCUGUAAUGGUUUGCAGACCCUGCCACAUCCGACGAGCGUCAGAGCGUUGGAGCUGGUGUAGUACGACUCGAUCUUAGGCCUGUAUUAACGCUUUGCCUGUUUGAUGGUUCGUCGGAGGGCAUAGCGGGAUUUCUUAUAAGCUUCCGGGUUAGAGUCCCGCUCGUUGAAAGCUCUAGCCUUUAGCUCAGUGCGUAUGCUGACUGUAAUCCAUGGCUUCUGGUUGGGGUAUGUACAUACGGUCAUUGUGGGGACGACGUCAUCAAUGCACUUACUGAUGAAGCCAAUGACAGAUGUGGUGUACUCCUCAAUGCCAUUGGAGGAAUCCCAGAACAUAUUCCAGUCUGUGCUAGCAAACAGUCCUGUAGCUUAGCAUCUGCUUCCUCUGACCACUUUUUUUUAUUGAUCUAGUCACUGGUGCUCCCUGCUUUAAUUUUUGCUUGUAAGCAGGAAUCAGGAGGAUGAAAUUAUGAUCAGAUUUGCCAAAUGGAGAGCGAGGGAGAGAUUUGUAUGCAUCUCUGUGUGGAGUAUAGGUGUUCCAGAGUUAUUUUCCCUCUGGUUGCACAUUUAACAUGCUGAUAGAAAUUUGGUAAACUGAUUUAAGUUUCCCUGCAUUAAAGUUCCCGGCUACUAGGAGCGCCGCCUCUGGGUGAGCGUUUUCUGGUUUGCUUGUGGUUGAAUACAGCUCAUUCAAUGCUUUCUUAGUGCCAGCCUCUGACUGUGGUGGUAUGUAAACAGCUACAAAGAAUACAGAUGAACAUUCUCUUGGUAGGUAGUGUGGUCUACAGGUUAUCAUGAGAAACUCUACCUCAGGUGAGCAAUAGCUUGAGACUUCCUUAGAUAUUGUGCACCAGCUGUUGUUUACAAAAAUACAUAGACAGCCGUCCCUUGUUUUACCAGACACCGCUGUUCUAUCCUGUCGGUACAUCGUAUAAACAGCCAGCUGUAUGUUGAUAUUGUCGUCGUUCAGCCACGACUCCGUGAAGCAUAAGAUGUUACAGUUUUUAAUGUCCCGUUGGUAGUUUAAUCUUCCCCUUAACCCGUCCAUUUUAUUGUCCAAAGAUUGCAUGUUUGCUAGCAGAAUUGAGGGAAGUGGGGGUUUAUUCGAUCGCCUCCGACUUCUCAGAAGGCAGACCGCUCUCUGGCCACUCUUUCUCUGCAUCCUCUUCACACAGAUCACUGUGGUCGGGGCCUGUUCUCGAGGGAGCCGUAUAUCCUCUGCCUCGGGCUCAUCAGAGUCGUGAAAGAAGAAAAAGGAUUCUGCUAGUCCGUGAAGAAAGCCGUUACAGAACCACCCACCAACCAAGGACCAAGCGGUGUGGUAACGGGCAGCAGCGGCAGCAGCAGCCAGCAUCACAAGACUCAUGGACAUGGGAGGACGAGUUGGACGAAAAAGGACCCUGGGCAGAGCCAGGGGAAUAUCGCCGCCCCAAAGCAGAGCUGGAGGCAGCGAAAGCAGAGAGGCGGCAUUAUGAGGAGCUGGCACGGCAGAGCGGCUGGAAGCCCGAGAGACAGCCCCAAAAAUGUCUUGGGGGGGGGAACAUGGAGAGUGUGGCAGAAAGGAACCAGAGCCGGUCAGGGCAGUGUUGGAGGUGAGCGAAGCAGAGACAGUGAAGGAGUUAAUGGGGAAAUUGGAGGAGAGAGUUAUGAGGGAGGUGCUGUGUUGGUGCAUGAGGCACAACAUUCGCCCGACGGAGCAUGUCAGGGAUUUGAUGGCACCUGGGUCCAUACUCAUCCUGAGGUGCGUGCUAGUCUUCUGGUGAAGACUGUGCCAGCCUCACGCACCAGGCCUCCUGUGCACCUCCCUAGCCCUGCACGUCCUGUGUCAGCUCAGCGCUACAGUGCUCCUAGCAGUGCUAACCGUGACGGGCGUUGUACUGGUCAGGCACCGUGUUAUGCUGUGGAACGCACGGUGUCCCUAGUACGCGUGCUUAGCCCGGUGUGCUACAUUCCAGCUCCCCACAUCUGCCGGGCGUGAAGAUUCCAGCCAGGGCCGAUGGUGCCAGCCCUGCUCUCAAGAUCUCCAGUACGCCUUCACGGUCCGGUCCAUCCAGUGCCACCUCCACGCACCAGCCCUCCGGUGGCAGCCCCCCGCACCAGGCUGUCUCUCUGUCCUUUGUCUACAGGUGCUCCCGCCUGUCCAGCGCUGCUAGAGCCUUCCUCCUCUCCAGAGCUGCUAGAGUCUCCCGUCUGUCCAGAGCUGCUAGAGUCUCCCGUCUGUCCAGAGCUGCUAGAGUCUCCCGUCUGUCCACAGCUGCUAGAGUCUCCCGUCUCUCCACAGCUGCUAGAGUCUCCCGUCUCUCCAGAGCUGCUAGAGUCUCCCGUCUCUCCAGAGCUGCUAGAGUCUCCCGUCUCUCCAGAGCUGCUAGAGUCUCCCGUCUGUCCUGAGCCGUCAGCCAGCCAGGAGCUGCCAGAGCCGUCAGCCAGCCAGGAGCUGCCCUUCGGUCCUGAGCUGCCCUUCGGUCCAGUGAGGCCAUUUAGUAGGGUUGCCAAUCCUAGAUCGGUGGCGAGGGUCGCCGUUCCUAGGAGGACACAAAAAGUGGAAAAAGGCUAUGGUGGAGUGGGGUCCACGUCCUGCGUCAGAGCCGCCACCGCGGACAGAUGCCCACCCAGACCCUCCCCUAUAGGUUCAGGUUUUGCGGCCGGAGUCCACACCUACUGUCACGUUCUGACCAUAGUUCUUUUGUGUUUUCUUUGUUUUAGUGUUGGUCAGGACGUGAGCUGAGUGGACAUUCUAUGUUGUGUGUCUAGUUUUCCCGUUUCUAUGUUUGGCCUGAUAUGGUUCUCAAUCAGAGGCAGGUGUUAGUCAUGCUAUUGAGAAAGGCCGCCGUAGACAGACAUGGCUCUCAAGAGAAGACAGGCUGUGUGCACACUGCCCACAAAAUGAGAUGGAAACUGAGCUGCACUUCCUUACCUCCUGUCCAAUGUAUGACCAUGUUAGAGACAUAUUUUCCUCUGAUUGCACAGAUCCACAAAGAAUUUGAAAACAAACCCAAUUUUGAUAAACUUCCAUAUUUACUGGGUGAAUUACCAGUGUGCCAUCACAGCAGCAAUAUUUGUGACCUGUUGCCACAAGAAAAGGGCAACCAGUGAAGAACAAACACCAUUAUAAAUACAACCCAUAUUUAUGCUUAUUUAUUUUUCCUUUUACACUUCAGUUAUUUGUACAUUGUUACAACACUGUAUAUAUACAUAAUAUGACAUUUGUAACGUCUCUAUUCUUUUGGAUCUUCUGUGAGUGUAAUGUUGACUGUGAAUUUGUAUUGUUUAUUUCAUUUUAGUUUAUCUACUUCAAUUGCUUUGGCAAUGUUAACAUAUGUUUCUCAUGCGAAUAAAGUCUUUAACUUGAAA